AUGGCUAGCCCUCCAGUUCUCUCGUUCGAUACUGAGGGCCGCCCGAUUAAGUUUGAGACCUGGCUCGAUGAUCUUCAUCUGUUCCUCCAGCUCACUGCCAGAGAGGAUAUCUCGCUGUACGAUCACGCACUAGGCACAGUCCCUCCUCCUGCUACUACUGCUGCUGCUACUGCUCGCUCACAGUGGCAGACUCGCGAUGCCCACGCCCGCUUUGCUAUCCGCAACUCCCUGCCAGUAGACGAGCGCGGAGCACUUUGGCCAGCAUCAGACUGCGCAGGCCCUACAGUCGCUGACCUCAUCACUCACCUCCGCACUAGUGAUGCCCGCUUCCGUGCAGCCAUGCCCGCUGAGUUCUUGCCUCCAACCCUCCCCCGCUCUGGCUCACCUCUCUACCACCUAGUCACCCGCCUCCCUGACACUCUGCAUACAGUCAGGGACCACUUCCUAGCUCGCUGCCCCACUGAGCUCACCAUUACCGCCCUAGAGAAGGAACUACUUGCAGCUGAGAAGAGUAUUGUAGCUGUAGGUACCUCUCGUGGCGACCCCCGCACCCCUUUCUUCGAGGGGUGUUCCCCCUCCCCCCUGCUCCCCUCUGUCGCAUCUGCUGCUGCUGUCGACCUCCUUGGUGCUGAGCAGGUCGGCUCUGCGUCCGCUCCCAGCGGGCGCCGCAGCGGCAAGGGCAGGGGAGGCAAGGGCGGUGGGGGUGACGGCGGGGGAGGCGGUGGUGGGGGUGGUGGCGGCGGUGGGGGUGGUGGCGGGGCUGGAGGGGCUAGUGGCAGCGGUGGGGUGGUGGAGGCAGCGGCGGCGGCGGUGGCCGGGGUGGGGGCGGUGGUUGGUGCGGCAGUGGACGUGGAGGCGGCAGGGGCGGUGGUGGUCGUGGUGGAGGCGGCGGUGGUGGUCGUGGAGGCUCUGGCACUGGCCAGAGCGCGCAGCACCUCAGUCCUCCCAGGAGCUUCUGGAGAGGAGGACCAGUACCUGUGUGUUCCGCCUGACCCAGGCAUCCGCACGAGUGAGGCUGCCGCCCUAGGUACUACUGAGUCCACUGAGGCACUGCACACCUUCACUCUAGACUCAGGCGCUUCGCGCUGUUUCUUUCGUGACCGCACUGCUCUUGAGCCCCUUGCUCGACCAGUCGCUGUCUCGCUCGCUGACCCCUCUGGGGGUCCGGUCAUUGCGACCUCCUCCACUGUCCUUCCUUGUCCUGCUGUCCCGUCGGGCACACUGUCAGGUCUCCACCUCCCCUCGUUCUCUACGAACUUGGUGGCGGGUUGUGCGCUUCAGGAUGGGGGUGUUCACCAGUUCACCCCUGCCUACGAGCGCGUGACACACUGCACGUGUGCUCGGACGGGCCGUCACCUGGCUACCUUCACUCGGCAGCCGGGGUCGGACCUGUACACACUGACCACUGAGUCCCCUCAGGUAGCGGCGUCUGCGUCUGCGUCUGCGUCAGGUCAGCUGUCUGCCCCCUGCUCGUGUCGCUCUCUAGCGCACAAGACUGUCCUCUGGCACCACCGACUUGGUCACCCGUCAGUGCAGCGCCUUCGGGGCAUGCACUCCCGGUACCUUGUCUCUAGUCUUCCUCGGGUACUCCCUCCCCUCCCACCCUCCCUUGCUCCUCCUUGUCUUCCCUGUGUCGAGGGGCGGCAGCGCGCUGCCCCUCACUCCUCCUCGUUCUCCCCGACGACUGCUCCUUUGCAGACGCUCCACAUGGACGUGUGGGGCCCAGCCCGCGUCCGUGCAGAGCACUUCUUCAGCUGCGAGAGCGUUUUCCGCUCGGAGUUUCCUGUCCUGCGCUUGCACUCUGACAGAGGUGGCGAGUUCUCCUCCGACCUCUUGGCAGCCUACUGUGCCGAGCACGGCAUUCGCCAGUCGUUCACGCUUCCGGCCUCUCCACAGCAGAAUGGGUUGCUGAGCGCCGCAUUGGCUUGUUUUUACCACCCCGCCUCGCACCGCGUCUUCCCCUCUCAGGACGUUACUUUUGACGAGUCCGUGCCCUUCUACCGCCUCUUCCCCUACCGCACUGCCCCGCUCCCUCCCCCGCCUCUCUUCCUCGCGCCAGGUGCUGCAGUGGUAGACCCCCUUCCCCCUCAGGGUGCCGCUCCCUCAGGUGUCUCUCAGGUAGACCCGGUUGAGCCUGCCGAGGUAGCUGUCGACUCGCGUCCUGCUAGAGGUGCUGAGCCUGAGCGUGCGGAGCCUGAGCGUGCGGAGCCUGAGCGGGUGGAGCCUGGGGGUGCUGAGUCUGGGGGUGCUGAGACUGGGGGUGCUGAGCCUGGGGGUGCUGGGUCUGGGGGUACUGAGCCUGGCGUUGCUGAGUCUGGGGGUGCUGAGCCUGGUGGUGUUGCAGUUGACUGUGAGGCGCCUGGAGGACCUCCCUCUUCGCAGCAGCUACGUGAGUGUCUCCGGAGUGGAGCUGCUGGUGCUGGGGUCCCCGGAGUUGACGCUGCUGCGGGUGCUGCGGACCCUGGUGCUGGAGGUGCUGCUGCUGCUGGCGGUGCUGCUGGAGGUGCUGCUCGUACUGAGGACCCGGGCGUUGGAGCUGCUGCGGGUGCUGCGGACCCUGGUACUGGAGGUGCUGCUGCUGCUGGAGGUGCUGCUGGUGCUGCUGGAGGUGCUGCUGCUGCUGCUGGAGUGGAGGACCCGGAGGGUGGAGCUUGUGCUGGUGCUGAGGACCCUGCCGCUGGUGUCUCUGCUGGUUCGGGAGUUGCUGCACGGCCACGGCCGUACUUCGUUCCGCUCCUUCAGCAGGUUCUUGGUCAGCCUCCUCCUCCUUGUCCUCCUCUCGCCUUAGAGUGUCCGCCGUCUGUCCAGUCACAGCCACAGUUACCGCCUGCCUCCCCACUCCCUGUGCCUACUCCUUACACUGGUCCGACUGGAGGUCUUGCUGAGAGACGUGAGCCUGCGUCACGUCCUGUGUCACCUGCGUCUCGUCGAGCGUUGCCUGUUCGUGCUGCUACCACUGGUAGUCGUGUCCAGCGUCAGCGUCCUCCAGCUGUCCCAGGCACUCACCAGAUGGCGCUUCGUCUGUCCACUGCUCCGCAGCGUGUCGCUCUCCCGUCGCCUCCUGCGUCCUCUCUUCCUGCUCUUGCUGACACGGAGUCAGACACCCUUCGCGCUGCCAGUCCUACUGUCACACGUCUCCUGGCUACGGUUGUCACUGACCCUUCCUUUGAGUCCGCUGCUGCGUCUGCCUUAGUCACUGAGCUUGUCGACUUUGCUGCUGCGUGUCGUCUAGGACUACGCUGCGAGCAGGAGGAGUUUGGUUGCCUUGCCGCUGCUUUGCCCCAUCUCGUGUCCAUGCUUGUUGCCCCUGAGGGAGACCCGGAUGCACCAGACAUCCCGACCCCACGCUCUUACGCAGAGGCGAUGGCCGGUCCCUACUCCUCUCAGUGGCAGUCAGCCAUGGACACAGAGAUGGCUUCCUGGAAGUCCACUGGCACCUACGUCGACGAGGUUCCCCCACCUGGGGCGAACAUCGUCAGUGGCAUUCAGCGAGAGGGAGUUGACUUCUUCCAGACCUUCUCCCCGACCCCGAAGAUGACCACUCUUCGGGUUCUGCUACACGUCGCCGCUCAGCGUGACUACGAGCUCCACUCUCUUGACUUCAGCACAGCUUUCUUGCAGGGCAGCCUGCACGAGGAGAUCUGGCUGCGCCGCCCACCUGGCUUCACUGGGUCGUUCCCUCCUGGUACCCAGUGGAGCCUCCGGCGGCCAGUCUACGGUCUCCGCCAGGCGCCAUGUGAGUGGCACGACACACUGGGGACUACACUUGCGGCUCUUGGGUUCGCUCCUUCUACUGCUGACCCGUCGCUGUUUCUACGCACCGACCCCUCACUGCCGCCGUUCUACAUCCUCGUGUACGUCGACGACUUGGUCUUUGCCACUUCUGACACAGAUGGUCUCGCUCACGUGAAGUCCGAGCUGCAGAAGAGACACACGUGCACAGACCUGGGUGAACUGACAAACUAUCUUGGCUUGCGGAUCACCCGGGACAGAGCACGGCGCACCAUCACCUUGACUCAGUCACACAUGGUGCAGCAGGUCCUUCAGCGCUUCGGCUUCACGUACUCCUCGCCUCAGUCCACUCCUCUGCCUACGGGACACUCGCUCACAGCUCUGCCUUCGGAUGAGUCCAUAGAGCCGAGUGGUCCGUAUCCAGAGCUUGUGGGCUGCCUCAUGUACCUGAUGACCUGCACUCGACCUGACCUUGCAUACCCUCUCAGCAUCUUAGCACGCUAUGUCGCUCCCGGCCGUCACCGGAAGGAGCACAUGGAUGCAGCUAAGAGGGUGUUGCGCUACUUGUGCAGUACGUCGGGCAUGGGGCUAGUGCUUGGAGGGCGAGACCGGCCUGUUCUCACUGGGCACUCAGACGCUUCUUGGGCAGACGACCAGGCUACUCAGCGGUCGUCUCAGGGUUACACCUUCAGUCUUGGCUCUGGCUCUGUCUCUUGGCGUUCUACUCGUUCUUCUUCUGUUCUCAGCUCCAGCUGUGAGGCUGAGAUCUACGCCACGGCCAUGGCUGCCCAGGAGCUUCGCUGGCUCACCUACCUGCUGACUGACCUUGGAGAGCAGCCUCGUUCUCCUCCAGUGCUGUACGUCGACAACAAGGCAACCAUAGCCUUGUGUUAG